GAACCAGUAUUGUCGUUUUCAACGAAAAUGGCGGCAAUAAACGUUCAUAGCACUAGUUGUACUACAGAUAAUCUUAGUAGACAUGACAUGCUGAAAUGGAUCAACGAGAGUCUGCAGCUUAAGUACACCAAAAUUGAACAACUAUGUUCCGGUGCUGCAUAUUGCCAGUUUAUGGAUAUGUUGUUCAUGGAUUGUGUAAAUAUGGCAAAGGUGAAGUUUGCAUCAAAUCAAGAACACGAAUUCAUAAAUAACUGGAAGAUAUUGCAAAAGGCGUUUAAGAAUGCUGGAGUUGAUAAGACGAUCCCAAUUGAAAAGUUAGUCAAAGGGAAGUUUCAAGAUAACUUUGAGUUUGUUCAGUGGUUCAAGAGGUUUUUUGAUGCAAACUAUAUCGGGCCUGAUCCUGAUUAUGAUCCUGUAGAAGCACGACAUGGAAAAACAGAUACUCCACAGAUUGCUCAGCCACGAAAAGGGUCAGGACAGCUUACCAGACCUGUGCAACCCCCAGCCAAAAAUCCGGCUCUCUCCAAAGGAAAUUUUAGUAAACCUACAGCAGGUGGUCCAGCCAGAAAUGGUGGAGCUUCUAGAGGUGGUGCAUCAGGACUUGGACGUCCAGCAGCACAAAGUUCGCGCACUGUAGGAGGGGCAGCACAGGGACCCCGUACUGGAGGAGCAGCUGGGGGGUCAUCUGCUGCAAUUGCACAGAAAGAUGCUCAAAUACAGGAACUUAAUAAUGAGCUCACUGCACUGCAACUGACAGUGGAAGGAUUAGAAAAAGAAAGAGAUUUCUACUUUGGCAAGUUACGAGAUAUUGAAGUCAAAUGCCAGGAAGAAGAUCCAGGCGCUAAUGUUGUCCAGAAGGUCUUGGAAAUUCUUUAUGCAACUGAGGAGGGUUUUGCUGCACCAGAGGAAGGUGGUAACAAUGAAGAAUAUGAAUAUAAUGAUGAACAAGAAGAGUACUAGACAGAAGAGACGUAUGCAGGAUCAGUUGUCAUCAGCAGACUUGCCAUCAACCAUAUUUUUUAAAAAUUAAAACUGUUUCUUGAGAUAACAUGCUAGGAGAUAAAGGGAACUUCUUCUGUUAUCUAAACUGAGAGUACUGAUCUCAAGUUUGCACCACUGGCUAUUUUGUAUUAUAAUAAUUAUUAUCAAAGAUUUUUCCAUGUAAACUGAAGGCUAGCUAAAAUGUAGGUGUGUUGAAACCCAGUUUCUGUGAUAGAGAGGUAAUGAAGGUUUUCUCUUCUUUUGACGUGUGAAAACAACUUGUUUAGUGAAAGAUGUCGCAGCUUUGUGCUCUAAAAGAUUUUUUAAGUUUUACUUCCUGCCAAAGACAUCAGGUGAUUCCUAAGCUACCAAGGAUAAUUUUUCCCUGCUUAACCCUUUCAUACUUGGAGAGACCAAAUAUAUGUUUCUCCUUACAAUAUUCAUAAAUUUCCAAGCAGAAAGGUGAUGAGAAAUUUUAAAAAAUCAACAACAGUACAUUGUAUGAUUGAACAAAAAGUUCUCUGAACUACACUUAUCAGAAAUGUCUGAAAGAGUGCAGACAAUUGAUAUUAAGAACCUGGGAGUGAAAAGAUUAAGCAGUUGAUGGGAAAACAAAAAUAAAAGAACUGUCUCCUAAAUUGGUGUUGAAAUUGUUAGGAACUUAAUGAAAACAAACUUGGAAUUAAAGAAUGUGCUACAUAUACUUCACUCAGAUUUGUGUCUGGUUAAAGUUAAUCCUUCUUGGUGAUCUUCAUAUUCAACCUCCUUGCAUUAA